ACCAGGCGGAGGAGAAAAAGGAGGAAGAGGAGGAGGGUUUCUUUUCUUUUUUUUCCCCGAGUCAGAGCUGUGGGCUGGUGGCUGUUUCAAUCAGAGGGAAGGCAGAGAGAGGGAAGGGAGGCUCUGCAGGGAGAGAUGUAAGAUGGCAGAGCUACAAAUGUUGUUGGACGAAGAGAUUCCGGCCGGGAAGAGAGCGCUGGUGGAGAGUUACCAAAACCUGACGAGAGUAGCCGACUACUGCGAAAAUAAUUAUGUCCAGGCCCAGGACAAGAGGAAAGCCCUGGAGGAGACCAAAGCCUACACCACCCAGUCCCUGGCCAGCGUGGCCUACCAGAUCAAUGCCUUAGCCAACAACGUCCUGCAGCUGCUGGACAUCCAGGCCUCGCAGCUGCGCCGCAUGGAGUCGUCCAUCAACCACAUCUCUCAGACGGUGGACAUACACAAGGAGAAGGUCGCCAGGCGGGAGAUCGGGAUCCUCACCACCAACAAAAACACAGCGAGGACUCAUAAGAUCAUCGCUCCGGCCAACUUGGAGCGGCCCGUCAGGUACAUCAGGAAGCCGAUUGACUACAAUGUCCUGGACGAUGUUGGCCACGGGGUGAAGUGGCUAAAAGCCAAGCAACAUGGAAACAAUCAGGCAGUCAGAGCAGGAACGCUGUCCAGGACCAAUCCGCCAACACAGAAGCCGCCCAGUCCGCCGAUGUCGGGGCGAGGCACACUUGGACGCAACACGCCGUACAAAACGCUGGAGCCAGUGAAGCCGCCUACGGUCCCUAACGACUACAUGACCAGUCCGGCCCGACUGGGCAGCCAGCACGGCCAGCAGAACAGCCCCGGACGCACGGCGUCGCUCAACCAGAGGCAACGCACGCACAGUGGAAGCAGCGGGGGAAGCGGCAGCAGGGAGAACAGUGGCAGCAGCAUUCCCAUCGCUGUGCCAACGCCCUCCAUUCCCAACUCUGGACCAGUCCCGUUCGUGCCGGCUCCUCCGGGAGCCCCGCCGCCUCCUCCUCCUCCUCCUCCUCCCCCUGGCGUUCCUCCACCUCCUCCUCCCAUGGGUGGGAUGGCCCCGCCUCCUCCUUCACCUCCUCCUCCUCCUUAUGGAGCCAUAGUGGUGGCCUCCGGGCCCGGACUGGGCCCCGCUCCAGUGUCCCAGUUUGGAACCAUCUCGCGGCAGAUUUCGCGGCACAACCCCUCCAACUCCUCUGUCUCUAUGGUUUCGGCCACGGGCACCUACCGCCGGGCACCUUCGGUCACGUCGCAGUUCUCCCUGCAGCAGCAGCAGCUUCAGCUACAGCAGCAGCAACUGCAGCAGCAGCCUCAUAUUAACGGAGGCACUCCUGGCUACGGUCAAAACUCAAUGUCUGUCGCUCCUCCUCCUCCCCCCAUGCCCCAGCUGACUCCACAGAUACCUCUCACUGGCUUUGUGGCCAGGAUGCAGGAGAGCAUAGCAGACACCCCAACUCCACCACCGCCCCCGCCGCCGGAUGACCUCCCCAUGUUUGACGACUCCCCGCCGCCACCGCCUCCUCCAGUGGAUUACGAGGACGAAGAAGCCACCGUCCUGAAGUUUGACGACCCGUACGCCGACGGAGACCCGCAGUGGGCCCCCAAGAACUACAUAGAGAAAGUGGUGGCCAUCUACGACUACACCCAGGACAAAGAGGACGAGCUGACGUUCAUGGAGGGCGCCAUCAUCUACGUGGUGAAGAAGAACGACGACGGCUGGUUCGAGGGCGUCUGCAACGGCGUCACCGGCCUGUUCCCUGGCAAUUACGUGGAAAGCAUCAUGCACUACGCCGAGUGAAGCCACCUGGCAGUAACGAGUCCUAUUUAUUCAGUCAUAUCCUAACCCGGUGACAGACUGAUAGCUGCAGCAGCAGAUGCAUAGAAAUAACCAUAUGAUCCUGAUUUUAUUAUUUUUUUUUAAAAGAAUGACAGAAUGUUUUCUCUCUUACUGAAUGCAAAUAAUAUAAGUGAUAUCUAUUUAGAUGGUGUGAUGGGGAUUGGUGGGUGGCAUUUCUACAUUUCUCCUGAACAAAGAUGAUCUAAUUAAAGACUUUUAAGAUGAGCAAAGGAAAGGAAAGCACCUUCAGGCAAAGUUUCGGUUCAGAACAUGGGCUUGUUUUUUCACAGAAAUCUGUGAAAACGUCAGAGUUGGUUGCUGUUCCUUUGAGCCCAGACAGGAAAACAAACAAGACGGCUUGAUUUCAAAACACUGUAAAUGAUAUUUUAAAGAAUCAAAGCAUGAAAAUCUGAUGUAAUCUUUUAAGUUUUUUGCCACUUCGCUUCAAUUAUGUUGUAAAUGUUUCUUUUUUUAAUUUGAUUGUCGAAAUCACUGAAGUUUUUACUCUGAAGCCAAUUUACAAACUUUUCCAUGGGAUUUUUCCUUUUUUUUGUACUUAAUCUUAAAAUAAAGAAAUUGAGUUUUUGUUUUUAUGAA